GCUACGCCUCGAACGCAGACACGGUUGUUCAAUCACCGCCUGAGGUGGAUGAUGGGUCCGACAUGUCGUCCUCGAAUGGGCUCGACGACGACAAGAACAAGCAUCUGGGAACAACUACGCGUCUCGAGGCGAUUUCCCUGUCGGAGCUUACUUAUGCCUCAAAAGGAUGGACAGCCUGUGCACGCGCUGUGAAACAGUAUGAUGAAUCCCUCGUCGCAGGUUGGAAGGAGGAGAUCGACAGUCUUCUCGUUUUCGCUGGCUUGUUCUCUGCCGUCCUCACAGCGUUCGCCGCAGAAAGCUAUCAGAUGCUCUCGACCGAUCCGGCAGAAACAUCGGCUGCGAUACUGCAACAGAUUAACGUGCAACUCAGGGAUCUGGUGACCCACGCGGACCCACCUGGUUCAGCCGCGACCUCCUUCUCCCCUGCAACAGUGACCCAUUCGGCCAUUAGGAUAAACACCCUGUGGUUCUCCAGCCUCGCCUGUAGCUUGUCAGCAGCCCUCUUCGGCAUGAUGGAGAAACAAUGGAUACGCGAAUAUACGAACUUCGGCAUGGCGUCACCUCGAGAAAGCCUGCGCAUGCGACAAUACAGAUACGAGGGCCUCAUGAAGUGGGGCGUGUUUGAGAUUGUCGGAGCCUUGCCUGUGCUGCUGCAAGUUGCCGUAAUAUUGUUUCUCAUUGGGCUGGUCGAUCUGCUAUGGAACCUCCAUCCGAUUGUCGCCGGCAUUUUCACUGUCCUCACCGCCAUAACCCUCCUCAUGGCCGUAGCCAUGGCGUUCAUGCCGGUAUUUUCCAGCAGCUGCCCAUACAAGUCCCCUUUGUCGUUCUUCCUCAUCCGGCUUCUGACUCCUCUGUCGCUCGUUCUUCGCCAUUGGGGGAAGUUUUUCCUCAUUGGCAUUCCCAGAUAUUUCGCCCGGCGUCGUCAACGAGCGACGUCUCGGUCACUCAGGUCGGCAUUCAAGUUUCUGUACGACUUUUCGCGCGCGACCAUGUCGCGAUCGCCAGUCAGCUGGAGCGCGAGGGACCUCCAUCCCGUGCGGCUGGCCGACGACCUAGAGCACGUGGCUCUAGCUUGGGCACACAAGAGCAUCGUGGACGAUGAUCUUCUCGACGCUAUCACACCCUGCAUUCGAGACCUGCCAGAAGCGGAGCGUGUGCGACUGGCGUUCGAUGUCGUCGCGCAGAAAUCCUCCUGUGACAUCGAUCAGGUCCUUUCCUAUAUCCGUCGCAACGAUGUGGCCUUGCUCCGGACAUCCACACCUGCUCGAUGCGGGCCAAUAUGGGAUGAGGUUCACUAUAAUGAUCUCGCGCUAUUGGCCCUACCGGAAAGGGCUUACCAUCCCACCGGCGUCGAGCGCGAGGUCGUGAGGCAGCUCCGUAUGCUGUUGGACGUGUUAACGUCGUGCCAACAACUGCCUUCGUUCGUCGAUCCGACGCUCUCGACGAGGCAAAUCUCACGGCGAGACAUUAUCUCGCUGAUAGAUUCCCUUCUGGAGUAUAUGCCCCCCGCCGGGCAGAUCAUCUGCCGUGACUAUUGCACCGGCAUGCUUUCCCUUACUGGAGACAAUCUGUAUAGCGACGUGCGCCUGAAGGCGAUGGUGAUGCGAUCGCUCUAUACCUUCGCUCGCACUCGUGAUAUCAAGGUUGACCUAGACGCUGUACACAACCUAUGCGACACGGUGGCCAGGGCAUUCGUGUUCUGCGAUAGCGUUCCGCCGAAGUGGGAUACAAAUCACCGGGAAAUGUUCAUCUCCGCUAGCUCGUUCGCGCUGCGAGCGUUCGCUGUUGCUCCAAAGCGUAGCUCACUGGAGAGCGCACCCUAUCUCCGUCUACUCAAUGCGAUCCAGAAUUUCGUCGCCUCCGGAGCUGCCGGAGGAUGGUCGUCCCGCCAGUGGUGUGAGAAUCUGUACGCCCUGGCGGAAUACGACGAUCGCCUUGUUCCUGCCACACUGGUACAAACCAUCUAUGAAGCGGAUCGACAAGGGCACCUCCGUAUACUAGGAACGGAACGGGAAUAUCUGAUCCGCUUACACCGCAAAUACUGCGAGUCCUUCCCGGACGUUUGA